CUCAGCUGAGGGCAGAUUUCCAAGCACCUGUCCCUUUGAAGGGGGGCCGAACUACAUCCUCCACCACUCCGUUCGAGAAUGUCACGCUGCAGUUGCUUAAUAACAAGCCACACAGGAAGUGAUGAGAGCCACAUGGGAGAGAUUUAAAGGUUUUAUCUGUUAUUGAGGAGACUUCCCCAUCAACCUCAAGCCCAGCAUUGUGUAGUGAAGGAAAAUGGAGCUUGCAGAUCUCUUGAAAUUUGUCGUCAUGGAAAUCAAUGGAACAACUGUAACAGUGGCUCUGCUGGUGAUCCUCCUAGUGUUACUCUAUUGGUAUUCCACCUCUUCGUUCUCCAGGCUGAAGAGGGUGGGUAUCAGGCAUCCUGCACCUUUGCCUUUCAUCGGAAACCUGCUGUUCUUUCGCCAGGGCUUUUGGGAAAACCAUACAAAACUGAUCACGGAGUAUGGACCUGUUUGUGGAUACUACAUCGGUCGGCGAAUGUACGUGUUGGUGUCCGAGCCAGAGAUGAUCAAACAUAUCUUAGUGAAGGACUUCAGCAACUUCACCAACAGAAUGACACCAGGCUUGGUUACCAAGCCAGUAAUUGACAGCAUUCUUUGUCUGCGGGAUCAGAGGUGGAAAGAAGUCCGGAGCAUACUGACCCCGGCCUUCAGCUCUGCAAAAAUGAAAGAGAUGACUCCACUAAUAAACCAAGCAUGUGAUGUCCUACUGAGUAACUUGAAGGUGUAUGCAGAUUCUGGCAAGGCUUUUGAUAUCCAAAGGAGUUACGGCUGCUUCACUUUGGAUGUCGUCUCUAGUGUGGCUUUCGGUACCCACGUGGAUUCUCAGAAGAAUCCUGAUGAUACCUUUGUUAAGAACUGCAAAAAAUUCUUUGAAUUUUCAAUGCUUAGGCCCAUCCUAAUUCUAAUAAUUGCAUUUCCAUUCCUAAUGAUCCCACUCUCCCAGAUUUUGCCAAACAAGGGUCGUGAUGAGAUGAAUGGAUUUUUUAUCAAAGCCAUUAAGAAUAUGAUUGCCUUGAGAGACCAGCAAGAUGCAAAUGAGAGGCGCAGAGACUUCCUCCAGCUGAUACUCGAUGCCCGCAGCUCUACUAACUACAUCGGUGUGGAGCACUUUGACAUAGUCAACCAAGCUGAUGUUUCCAUUCAGGACAAUAAGCCUCCUGUUGACAAGGCCCUGCCUAAAAAGGUUCAGAAGACAUUGUCUGAGGAUGAGAUAGUAGGCCAAGCCUUCAUCUUCCUGAUUGGUGGGUACGAGACCACCACCAAUGCCCUCUCCUUCGCCACCUACUUAUUAGCCACCAACCCAGAGUGCCAGGAGAAACUGCUUCAGGAGAUAGAUGAAUUCUCUGGAAAACAUGAUGUCCCUGACUACCAAAAUAUCCAAGAGCUCCCUUACCUGGAUAUGGUGAUUGCAGAGACAUUGCGCAUGUACCCACCUGCAUUCAGGUUCACUCGGGAGACGUCGAAGGACUGCGUAGUGAUGGGACAGCAUAUUCCAGCUGGCGCUGUAAUAGAAAUUGCAGUUGGACCUCUGCAUUAUAACCCUGAGUUCUGGCCAGAACCUGAGAAAUUCAUCCCUGAGAGGUUCACCGUGGAGGCCAAACUGCAGCAGCAUCCCUUUGCAUACCUCCCGUUUGGGGCAGGACCUCGCAGCUGCAUUGGCAUGAGAAUGGCUUUGCUGGAGAUCAAGAUGACCCUGCUCCGGAUCUUGCAGAAAUUCAGAUUUGAAACCAGUCCCGAGACCCAGAUUCCUUUGCAGUUGACAUCUGUAUCGUCAUUAGCACCAAAAAACGGAGUCUAUGUUAAGAUAGUACCUCGAUAGAGCAAAAACCCCAUUCUGAAAGUCUCCAAGGAGGUGAUCCAUUGCUCAGUGGCUCGCUGAUAGAUUGGGGGUAACAUUUUCAAAAGUACUUAAGUGACUUGAGAGCCUAAAUCUCAUUGAAAGUGUGGGCCAAAAUCCUGCUGACUUUCAGUGAGACUCAGCCUCCUAAGUCACUUUUGAAAGUGGGACUUAAGUACUUUGGAAAGUUUUACCCAAGCACAUUACUGUGAAUUGUCUCUGAAAAAGCCUCUCACUUUUCAUCAGCCCUAGUGCUCAUAGCAGGGCCCACUUCAUUUUACUUAUCUACAUGGGAGUUUGUCCAGGCUCCAAUGUGACAAUCUUAGCAGUCUAAACUUCCUCACCUUCAGUAGAUUUCUAUAUGAUGUUGAAUGAUAGCUUGUUAGCUAACACCUUUUAACAACAGACCUUUAAAUCCCACUCUCAGUAAACUCUGAAAGGCAACAUGUGUAGUUCUAACAGCAACGACUAGAAAUCGGGACACCUGGGUCCUACUCUGAACUCUGCCAUUGACUGAUCUUGGGCAGAGAGCCUAGCCUCACUGUAUCUGUCAAAUGAAGAUAAUGCUUACUCACCUUUUGUAAAGCGCCUUGAGACAUUUGGAUGAAAUGUGCUAGUAUUAUUAUCUAACUGUUGUUACAAUGGAUUUAAAAAUAAUGGUAAAUGUCUGUACAGCACUUAAGUUCCUAUAAGAAAGACCAGACCAAAGAAUGUUGCAGACUGCUAUUAAGUUUUGUAUGUUACUGAAUAGUAUUUAGAAUAUACAAGUUUGAAGUGUUUAGGAGGACUUGGGGAAUUUUAGGGUUGACCUGAAGAUAGUGGCACAGCAGUAGUUUUCCCAGCAUGGCAUGACACUUUUCCUUGCUAUGCAUUUCAGUUGGCUCUACUCUUGGUCAGCUCAUUGGGUCAAAGGAAAUGAAGGAGGUUGCAUGGGCUAGUGCUUAAAGCCAAGGAUUGGGAGCCAGGAACAUCAUUUCCAAUAGCUACACUAACUCCUUAGGUGACCCUGCAGCAAGUCACUUCACAAACCUGUGCCUCACUCAACCAACAUGGGUGAAUGCUAGGCCCAGAGGCUGCCUGCAUGUCUUCACAGCCAAAGCAAAGGCAGCACUUACUUGAUUCUUCAGGACCAUUUGCCCACUGCCUCUGCAGUAGCUAAAAGCAAUUUGUCCAUGUUUGGAAUUUUUCCAUAUUUGCACAUAUGGAGAAAACUGUCUCUUCUGCUGCAGAUUUGGGGGGGUGCAUGAUAUCCAGAUAGAGGCAGAAAGUUUACUCCAUGCCCAACCCUGGGGAGGAAAUUGAGAAAGGAACAAAGUUGUCAUAGGCCCAAGUUUUUGUGUGUGUCACUGUUGCUGGCCCCUGGGUCCUUGGUGGGCUAGUGGAGUGUCAUGGAGCAUCCUUCACACUAGCUGCAGCAUGGUUAGAAUUCCCACCAGCUUCUACUGCUGUCUUAACCCUCAACGACUGUGGCUCAGAUCCUCAAAGAUAUUCCACUGAUUGAUUUCAAUGGAAGUCAAAGAGCCUAAACACCUUUGAGGAUGUGGGCACUUGUCCCUUCCUAGGCAGACUGGCAGCACCAAUUACAUUACAGAUCAUUAGAGGAAGUUCUACCCACUGAAGAAGGUAGGUCUCAGUUGGAAAGGGGGAAGAUAAGAGGCAGCCUUCCAAGUUUGGGAGGGAGAUGUAUAUUAUUUUCCUUAAACAUAGGGCCCUACUUUUGUUUUCUCUUGUUCAUGAUCUCAGCGCGCAGUGGAAAGAAGGAGGUCGGUGAAGUUUAUUCAUUUUGCCAAAAACAUUAUUUCCUCCACUGUGAAAUUAAAUUUCCUCAAGUUUCAUCCAGCUGAGCACUCAUGAGUACUUUUAUCAAAAGUUCACUGGGCUUUUUUAAACUUAACUUCAGAUUGCCCUUUAAAAAAUAACACUUGUUGCUAGUUGACAUGUAGGGGAGGGAGGGAAAGCCACACUGGCUCUCUUUGGGAUUUGGUCUUCUGCUGCAGUAGCUUCAGCUGAGCCAGGAACCCUUCUUUCCUAAAGCUAUACUAGAGGAAACACCAUCUCUCUUGCAUGGUAGACACAAAAACAGCUGCAGUAUCUUUUUCUGCUGCCGCGUGAAAGUUCUCUGUAGAUAAGGUACAAAUGAUAUUGAGUAAGGAGCUCUAUUAUAAUACUGCUGCUGCUCCAUGAUUUCCAUCUACAGUUUCUUGCUUGCAUACGGCACAUUGAGACUGGGAUGAUUGGCACAUGCUGCUUUCAUCUCUUGCUUAUCAUUGUGAACACACUUUUAAAAUUCAUGCUCUCAUCUUCCUUACCAAGGCUUGUGUUGAUUUCUGUGGUGGAAUUUUCUUCUAGCUUGAGUUCUAGAGUAGUAACUGUGGAUUAUAGGCCUGAUAGUUAAUGCUCCAGCCUUGCCAUGCUGGAGUUUAAAUGACUCAAUGUGCCUAUGAAAUGAGAUAUUGAGUUAAUGGUCUUAUCUAAAAAGAUGCAGCAUGUACCUCUAUGUACAAUUUUGCCUCAUUUUUUCUAUAGCAUAUUAUUUGUGGUUGUGAUUCUAAAUUAUACCUGUAAACUGGAAUAGUGUAGGGUAGUCUCAUUAAAGAUUUCCCCCCUCUAUUUAACGUAAAGAAAAAGUGUUUGUCCUUUACUGUGUUCUUGCUAUCUACAUCAGAAAGUCAGCCUCCAGGUUUUCUCCCAACAGUGUUCUGCUUCCUCCACCCAUGGACUAGUAGGUCCUCCCUUUCUUCAUUUUUAAACACACACUUUAAAGCCUAACCCCUCUUAGUUAUACACUUUAUCAAAUCACCUAUUUAUUGCCAUAUUUAUCCAAGGGACUGAAGCUACCACAUCAUGUCCACUGGAAUUUUAAAAAUACUGUAAGCAAAUAGAUCAGCAUAACUGAUAUGGUGUACUGGGUUCUAAGGCAUGGAAAUAGGCAUCACUGAAGGGAUGGGGGUUCUCAGAUACUUAUAACUGAUAUGUAUAUUUUCAUUCAGAGCCACUCAGAUGCAGGUUAAUGACUUAACUAACAAUACAGUGACUGUCCUGCAGGACUUUUCAGCUACUAUGUUAACACCAGCUUGCCCGUUCCUGAAUACAGGGCUGAUUGCAAAGGAAGUUAAGUGCCAGCUGUAGUGUGGCAACUAGAAGGUUGAGAGGGAAAGAAGAUGCUUCGGGACAAAUUAAGAGUCUUGCACCCCACUGCUUCCUUUUAAAUGGUAGUUGCUGGCCUGGCAACCACGAACUUCAUUAUACAACAGCACUUAAUGAUCCUCACUCCACCACUGAUGAAGCAUAGUGGGGAGAUGAGCUCAUCUUUGCCAUCGAACUAUACCCUGGGGGUCUGAAAAGGGAUAAUAAAUGACACUGCAAGCUGCCCUUCUGAUGUUGCUCCCUCCCCUCACAGAGAUGAGGUACAGGAAGCUGUCAUUUCCUCAAGGCAGCUUUUCCAAUCCUGUCUGCCCCUUUUCUGGAAAAGGGGAUGAGGGGAGAACAGCAACCUGCCUCUAAAGCUGAGCUUCCUGUCAAGACACAUGAUAAGAGGAGGUGAAGCAGGGAAACAGCAGCUUGGCUGCCAAAGCCUGCAGCUGAACCUGUUGCUGGGACACGUUGUUGAGCUGCUUUGUUAGAAAUUUGAAAUAGUUUGGAACUUCUCCUCCCCAGCAGAGAAGCCCAGCUGCAUUGGCUGCUGCUGUGGAGGUAGAUAGCAUGGGACGCCCCCGCCUCCUGAAGUUCUGCUAGAGCAGCACUGGGCAAAAUUUUUGGCUAGCGGGCCAUGAAUACUGACGAAAGUGGGGUUGGGGUGUGGGAGUGGGUGAGGGCUGUGGCUGGGGAUGAGGGGUUUGGGGUGCAGGAGGCACUCCGGGCUGCGAUUGAGGGGUUUGGAGGGUAGGAGAGGGAUCAGGGCAGGGGGUUGGUGCACAGGAGGAGGUCAAGGGUGCAGGGUCUCAGCAGCACUUACCUCAAGCAGCUUCAGGAAGCAGCAGCAUGGCCCACUGUCUGGCUCCUACACGGAGGCACAGCCAGGUGCCUCUGCAUGCUGCCCUGUCCGCAGGCACUGCCCCUGCAGCUUCCCUUGACCAUGGUUCCUGGCCAAUGAGAGCUGUGGGGGCAGCACUUGGGACAGGGGCAGCAGGUGGAGCCCCCUGGCUGCCCUUACAUGUAGGAGCCAGAGUGGGGACAUGCCACUGCUUCCAGGAGCCACGUCAUGUGUGGAAUGGGGCAAGCCCCUGACCCCAGUACCCAGUUGGAGCUGGAGGGCCAGAUUAAAAUGUCUCAUAGGCCGAACGCAGCCCCGCAGGCCAUAGUUUGCCCAGCCCUGUGCCAGAGGCUGAUAGGUCUAGUUCUGCCUCAAUGCUGCAAGCAGGCUGAACUUCCCAUUGUAAUGGAUCUGUGGCCCUGAGCAUGAGGGCCAGCUCAUUGCUCCCACUGAACUGUAGCUGUAGGGUCUAUACAGGGAUAAGACUGAUUGUUACUCCUUGGAGCAGGGGCUAGUGUUCCAGGUGCUGUACUCACAUUUCACAAUGAGAUGAUCCUGAUCAGGGCCUGCUGCCACUCCUCAAAGUAACAGGGAAAGCUACACAUUACCUCUUUGUUUAUAGAUGCAAAGCUAAAAAGUCAGUUUACUUCAAUUUAUCUUUCAUCUGUGGCUCAGAGUGAUUACCUAAUAUUUCAGUUUUAGCACAUGUGUUCAAAGAGAGACACCACUUCAGCAAGGAAGGAGGUGAAUGUAUAACUUUUGUAGAGAAAGUGCAGAUGCUUUAUGCCUUGCACGGUCUGGCUGCAGGGUUGUUUGAAAAUUAUAUGUGACUACUUUAGAAGAGUCUUUGCUUUCUGUCAUUUGUCUGGAAGUGACUAGGACCUAACACUGAAACAUGUUCAGGGAAUUUACAUUUUGCAAUCAAUGCUAAAAGCUGUCACUUUAAAAGUGUGUUUUUAUAUAACUGUGUUGGGAUAGAGAACUCUGGCACUGUAGUAGUUCACAGAGCGCUUUUCAGGGGAUGGGGGGGGGGUAUUACUAUUACUCUGGAUUACACAUGAAAUUUUAUCUACUUUAAGGAAAAUUCUGCAGCACAGAAAGUCACUUCACAAAAUAAAUAUUUUAUAUACAUUUUCUGCUUUCUAGUCAAUGAGUAAAAUGGACUUUCCACCUGAACUUUACCAGAGAUGCUGAGUUGUUUAGUGUAAAUUUAUUGUCUCCUGGGCCUUAAUAAUAGCACCUGUAAUGGAAGGGUUAGAGGUCAACUCAUAAAGCUGAAUCUCUCACCCCUUGUUAUGCAGCAGGCAACAGGAAACAAGCUAAUUUCUUUUAGACAGACAUCAAGUCAGAUCUGAGAUGCUUGCUCUUUGCCUGGCUGCAGUUGGCAGGAUUUCCUCAAUUGUUGUAUCUUUAAAACUAACCUGACUCCCACAGCAAUACUCAUUUAAAAAUGGAGAAGGCAUCUGGAAAUCAUUCAAGGCACUUUUGAACAAGAGGCCUGACCUAUUUACUGUUCAGAUUCUAUGACAUGCACUGAUCCAAUGGUUAACGAACUACCCCCUAACAGCUGUCUAACCUCCCCAUUUCCCUGACCUUCCCCCCAAAAUAAAGUACUUUAACUUGAGCCACAGAGGUCUCCGGUUACCUUCACUUCCAUGAUUGCUAAUGUCCCCUCCUUAAGAUUGCCCUGUGUCCAUGCUUUUAGUUCCUGCCUUGUGUGAAAGUCUGACUGCCUCCUCUGGAAACCUUUUCUUAAAAGUCCCCACUUCUAAUCCAAACAUGAACAAAACUCACUCUCUCUUCACACCCACACACCCCUACCCACCUCUCCCUCUCAUAUAUAAACAGAGCUGGCCUUCAGUCAGCCCUCAGAUCAGGCCCUGGCUGCAGGUAUCAGACUUGGCAAUAACAUAAGAUGAAAUGCUCACACCUCUCCUGUCACUCCCCACGUAGUUCUUAGCUUACAGUUUCCAUAAUAUAUGCAACAGGUUGGUCAUAAAAUGCUGAAGUACCCUACUGUGCUGCAGGCUGCAUUACUGUCCAACCCUCUAUAUGCCUUCCCUGGGUAGGGCUCUCACAGAAAUCCAUAUCAAUUAACCUCUCUAGCAUCCCACUCUGUAACACCACUCACUCAUGUUCCAAACAAUCAAAAGCUCUGGCUAUCACUUGAGACAGUCAACAUAAGUUUGCCUAUAAUUUAGGUUUCAUAUGAAGUACCUUUUUAAAAAGCGAAUAAUUUCGAACUGCAUUGUAAACACAGAGGACUCUACAAACUCCCUUAGUUUGUGGGAACCUGAACAUGAAAGUUCACUAGAACCAACUAAUGCUGCUAUUUUCAGCACUCAAGAUGAGAAAACAUUAAAAAGCAGUAAAGCCUGUUUUUCCCUGGAAUGGAGGGAGAAGCUUCCUCAACAUUUGAAAACUUACAGUAAAAACUGCUCUGCUUUCCAUGAAAGACAUUCAGUGUGAAUCUACAUUGUUGCUACUUACCACAG